AUUUUAAUAAACAUUCUCUCUCUCUCUCUCUCAAACACACACAGGGAUGCACCCAGGUUGACACUCUCAAGGAUAUAGGGGAACAAGAAAACAAAACAUGCUCUACUGACUCACUCAAAGAACAUACCAAUUAUCAACUACAAUUCAAACUCCAAUUUUCAAUCUCUCUCUCUCUCUCUCUCUCUCUCUCUUAUAAAAAUGGCAACAACAGGAGGAUCGAUAGCGAUUUCGAGCUUUCCGUCGUCUUCAUAUUUUAGCAGUCGCAAAGCCAAAGCCACCUCCACACUUCCAUUGAUGGUCAGCAAAUUAGUCGCUUUGCGCCAAAGAAUCACCUGCUCUGCCGUGCAAGAAUCAUCAACACCUACUGUUGCUGCUGCUGAAACAAAGGACACAAAGGAGGUGAAAACAGAGGCUGCCAAAGAAGAAGAAGACGAAGAAAAAGAAUCAGCCCCGACAAAACCAAAGGCCCCCGCCAAGGCUCCUGCCAAGCCGCUACCGCAGUUGAUGGAGGAGGAAGUGAUCCCUUCACUGAAAGCAAUUCUUGAAGCUCAAGAUGAUAUCUCAGAGCUUGAGCUUUCUUUUCAAGACAACAGGCUAGAAGGUUACUUUCUAAAGGACUAUCCUUACUCGUUUUGGGCCUUCUUCCCUGAUGGAGUUCUCACAGGUCCGAAAGGAUUUUCUCUGUCCUCCUACGGGUCUGUAGUGAGCACUGUUGAGCCUUUCCUCGUUGAUGAGAAGAAAAUCACUGCAAAACAUGUUGUGUUCUGGGUUGAGAAGCGUUUAGCAGCACAAGGAAUAAUUCCUGUGUGGAAAGAAGAAUAAUCUAAUUGUGAAGUUUCCAAUUCAAUCAAAAUGUUGUAUGUAUCAAUUUUUGGUUUCAUUGAUGAUGAUGAUGAUGAUAUAGCAUCUUGUUCUUGAAGGUAUGCAAUUGUUUAUAUUUAUCUAAUUGCAUUCAACGACGGCAUUUGUUAUAUAGUGAAAGAAAAAAUAGGAUGACAGAGCCCUGCAAUGAUCUAUCUACUGAUCUAAUUGGAUAUCCUGAAACAUUGAGCUAAUACACUAUAUUCAUUUUUCUAUUGAUUACCCUAA